AUGACUACCUCUAUCUCUGUGUAUUUAAACUCGAAGUACUUCGUGUUGGACAUUCAGAGCACGAAACAUCCUCAAACAUUCACCAUGGUUUUGCCGCAAACUGUUGUCAUUCCGGAGCAUACCCUGGACUACUUGGCUAAUACAUAUAUAUUGUGUAUGUCGCCGAGCGAUCGUAAAGAUACGUAUCGUAUCUGCAUCCAAAUGAGGAAAGCUUACUGGUACUACUUGGAUCAUAUUUGUUCUACGCCCCCGCAGAAGUAUACCCUGAAGAAAUUCAUGCUUGAUCUCUUCAAACACGUCCCAUUCCUGAAACGCAAGAAGAAAUGGAUCGACGGAAUGUUGACGAAAUUCUCAAAUCGGCAGAUGAACUUACCCGUGAAUGGCGCUAUUAUAUUAUCGCAGGAUUUGACGCACGUACUGCUGGUGGAAUCAUUCACGGGGAAAUGGGGAUUCCCCAAAGGCAAAUCGGAGGAUAAUGAGGACCCGUUCGCUUGUGCCGUCCGCGAGGUUUACGAAGAGGUCGGUUACACGAUAAAAGCCGAUGUCGGCCAGUUGGUCUACAUAGAGAAGAAACACAGAAGGUACCAGAACUCACGGCUGUAUAUCAUACCAAAUGUUUCUCAGAAUACGGUUUUUCGAACACAAACCAAAAAUGAGAUACGACAGAUAAAAUGGUUUCCGAUCAACACAUUACCGGAUAGUGGUGACAGCGGUGAUAUAUGCAUCAAGGAGGGAUUGAAAUUCUUCAGAGUGCAUCAAUAUAUAGCGCAAGUGAAGGAAUGGAUCGAGACGCAGUACGAAAUUAAAAGAGCAAAGUGGAGAGCACAUAUCGCUACGACCAGGAGAGAUCGUUGCAGCCAAAGAUAUGUUCCUGACCAGUUUUACUUUAGGAACCACCAGAGCUGCAACGUCAAUUGCAACUAUAGGUUUGCUUGUUCGUAA